GGCUUUACUGAAGGAGACACAUCUGUCCCUGACUGCGACAGACAGAACGCUGAGGAGGAGUCCGACUUUUCACUGGUGACAUUUAAGCCAGGAGCCCUGCAAGACUUUUCCUUUAAAAAGAGCAGAUAUAUCAAGUGGACGAAAGAGGCUGACACAUUUUAAGUGAGUAUACGCUUGUUUUAACUACUCUUUUGCACUGCUGAGAUUUUUUUUAGCGUGUUCAUGAUGUGUGGUCUGAUGUUAAAUAUCGUUUUUUUUCUUCAAUUUUCUUGCAGAGUGUGAACUUAACAGAUGAGAGAAGCAGACAUGGUGAGUCUGAUUUAUUUGACUCCUUUACUGUUUUAUUGCAGGCGUCGUUUACUAAUCUCGCGUGAUUCCACAUAAAUGUCUAAGUACAGCAGACUGAAUCCUAACAGUCUACUCUUUAGCAAAUCGACUAAACAUCUGCUUAUGUAGCGUUGUUUCAGAAGUCUGGUAGGACAGUGAAGAUCAGAUGUCUCCAUCGUUAAAGUAAAUAAUAGUGUUUUGUACUCCAAAGAUGGAGCAGAUUCAGAUUCAGAGUUUAUUGUCAUUAUACACCAAGUUAUAACGAAAUUAGUUGAGGAUGCUCUUCCCAGUGUGCAACAAAAGCAAUAAAUAAAAAAACAAUAAGUGUAAAAGCACACAGUAUAAAAACAAUACAAUACAGCCUACUUAAAAAACUGUAAAUAAUGAAAUACACCAUAUCAAAGUAUAUAACUGUUUAACUGACUGCGAUUUUGAAGUAGUAGCUAUCCUGGAAUUGUGCAAUAACACACUAAAAUCAUUUGUGACACAUUGAGUGUCAGUGGACGUUUUCCUGCAUUGUCGCAUGACUAAAUGUCUCAGCUCCUUUCUCAAGUUCUUGCAACAUCUAACAGAUUUAUGAUGAAAACUAUGCAGGGCAGGAGGUCUUCCUCCAGGGUCAAAGGCUUGAAUGGACAGUCUAGAGUAGGAAGAGAAGGGUCUCACAGGUUCAAAGGUUACUGUACUGACAUGAGUCCAAGAAAGAAGUGUGCUUUAUGUUGGAUGUGACCUCUGUGGUCAAGAAUGGACCUGUAUCCUGUGUGUGUCUGCUGCUUGUGUUGCUCGAACAUCUUACCUCUCUGCUUAUAUUCAUAUUUUUUAAGACAAUGUCUCCUUGGAUAUGAGCUUUACAUGAACUAAAAUCUGAUGAUGUUAACAAAACUAGCUGAUUUAAGAUGUUACAAACCUGCUUGACAACUAUUCCAGCUUGUUUGCAGAGGGAAAGUGAGUUUAAUCUCUCUCCUUAUGCUUUAUAUCUUGUUUUAAGCUCUACAUUCUCUGUCACAUGAUCUCCCAUGCCCUGUUUGAGUUUGAGAGUGAGCCACUACAGCUCACUGGCUGAUUCGGACCAAUCAGCAAAGUGAGGAAACAAGAGUAUUAUAUUCCUGAGUGUGUCACUGGUGGAUUUCAUAUUCAGGCAUGCAGCACUCUUAAAGAGGCAGGCCCAUGUAGCUUUAUCGAGACCCAUACUCGUCCACUUUCUCCCUGAUGUACUGCAGAUGUUUUCACUUUGCUCCUGGAGUUGUUUCAGACCAGAGAUGAAUAGCUGAGGUUGGACAUUAGUGCUGUGAUUUCUGUAAAAACGUGAAGAUAAACAGACAGCUGUCUGGCUGUUGUGUUGAAUCACUCCUGAGUCAGAGAUAAAAGGGCGUUGACUUUUGUUUUGGUGUGGUCGGAAAAUUAACGGACACACUUGUUUGUGUGUGUGUGUCUAUUGACAGUGCUUGUUCUUUGAGGUGCAGGUUUGCUGUCCUUCAGGAGACAAUGAGAGUAAAGCUGUUCAUUUAAGAGAGUCUAGCAAGCCUGAACGUGCCCUCACUAAAGAACUGGCUUUUUCUCAGCUUUCUUUGUUAAACUAUUGGAGGCUUACUUUUUUAUUUCUGGGACUGAUUUAUUGACCACUCUUUUUUUCUUUGUUUCCUCAGCUCUGCCUACGUGACUCGAGCGAGUGCUUACGGGAGCAGAUGCAGUACAUGAUGAGGUCACUGCAGGACCUGAAACGACUGCGGAGAACCUGCAGCCCUACAGCCAGACACCCCCUCGCUCCCAUCAGCACCCAGCUCCCAGCUUUGGUGCGGCACUCUGCUUUGACUCGAGUGUGUCAGCAGCGAGCAUUACAGAGAGAGCAGCGAACACGGCUACGGAUGUCCGACGCCAGCACAGCCAGUACCUAUGACUCUGCUUGCUGCCUGUCCAGUCCUCUGGAGGAGGAAGAUGAAGAUGAAGAUGAAGAAUCCAGCAGCCGGCUGGGUUUGAGCCUCAGACUGGGUUUGGGUUCUCCAAGUAGCAGGAAAAGUUUGGACUUGGAUUCAGGUUACUCAGAGGCAUCAUGGCAGGAUGAAGGAGUGGUGCUGAGGAGGACGAGGAACGUGCGGGUGUCGUCUUCUGCUUGUCUCCGCACAAACAGAGCACCCAGCGGGCGUGUUCGACCCAAAUCCACCUCUGAUGCCUGUCUGGAGACAUGGACAUCAUUUGAGCUGAGCGACCCAGAGGACUGGACAAACUCUUUACUGACCAGGGGACGGAACCGCCAGCCUCUGGUUCUGGGUGAUAACAGCUUUGCAGACCUCAUUCAGAACUGGAUGGACUUGCCAGAUUGUCCAGAACCUACUGAGCUGAAGCCAAAUCCAAGACACAGAGUGGGCAGAGGAUUCUUUGUGAAUAUGAGGAGAAAACUGGCAGGGUUUUCAAAGACUGUAGAGGACAGAGUAAAAAUGAGAUCCACAGACUCUACUUGUGCGGACAGAGCUGCGAACGCCUCCAAACGUCUGUCCUGUCCAGUUGUUGCAGCGCAGCCCAAAGUGCCGUUUUUCCAUCUGUCUCACUCAGGCAUUAAUGAACUGGACUCUGACUUUUAUCACUUUGCUGCUCUGAUGAAGUCAGGCAGUCGACAGCCAAUAAUCUGCAAAGAUAUCAUUGGCUACAUCUGACAGUUUCACAAAACACCCUGUACAGAUCGGACAAUCAUCAGAGCCACUUUAUUUUUAUAUGACUGUUUUUUUUUGUUUUUUUUACUUUUUAUAUAAUGUGUCCAAGCUCAUGAAAAUAAAGAUGUUCUCAUUAUUUAAACUCCUUUAUCUCUUGUUUAUAUAACCAAGGUCCUGCAUGUGCAACAAGAUAUGUGGUUGGUUGAUAUAAAUGAGCAUUUUUAUCAGCAUGGCGCUUCCUUCCGCCUCAGACAUCUGAGUGUUACUACAGCUUAUUGGAGUCAGGCUCUACUGGAUUUGUUAAGGGAGGCUUCAACUGUCUGCAGUAAAGCAAAUGAAUGUAAGGUAAUUAGUUUUCAUUAGAAAUGUAAUACUCUUGAGUGUGCAGGAUGAAGAUAGCAGCUGCAAAGUUUAAUGUAAUUGGUUUCUAAUAAAAAAGUCCAACUGAAGACAUGAUAA